UUAAUCUUGAUCAAGAUUAAAAAUGGGUUCCUUAAUGCAAGAUUUCAAGAGGCAAGCUUCAUUCUUCUUGAGGGAGAAAAUCAAGACAGCAAGAUUGGCUUUGACAGAUACUACCUAUGCACAGCUGCUAACAGAAGAACUGAUCAAUGGAGAUUCAAUGGCAACAGAUGUGCACGCCAUGAGAGUGAUAUCCCGGGCCGCAUUCGAGGUCGACGACUACGAAAGAAUCGUGCAAAUUCUACACCAAAGGUUGUCGAAAUUCGAGGUCUCAAAUUGGCGGGCUUCUUACAAGGCUCUUGUCCUGUUAGAACAUCUUCUAACUCAUGGACCUCAAAGAACAGCCGAGGAAUUCGAACACCAUCAAGAUAGUAUUACAACUAUGGCGACUUUCCACCAUGUCGAUGAAAAAGGGUUCAACUGGGGAUCGAGCGUGAAGAACAAAUCCGAAAGAAUAGUGAAGCUUCUCCAAGAUAGGGAGUAUCUAAAGGAGGAAAGAACAAGAGCAAGGAAGCUAACCGUCGGGAUCAAAGGCUUUGGGAGCUUUAGCCACGGCGGAACCAGCUCGACCCAAGCUGACACCGCCCGAGCCUUGAGGUCAAAGUCACUCGAGGGAUUCACCGCCGAUCAUCCUCCAAAAGCAGAGGACAACGACGAUGAGGAUGAAUUCCCGGGUUCAGACGAGUACACGAAGUUGAUGGUUGCCAAUAAGGGAUGGAUGUCACGGGGAUUGUCGACGUCGACGUACGCACUCGUUAGCGGGUACGUCGAGGAAGAAGAUCGCGACCAUCCCUUUUGGGACAAGGAACACCGGACGAGAGCCUCGCUGCUAUCCACGGUGUAG